GUCAGCAGUGGUUUUUCGGGUUGAUCCGACUUCUUUUGGCUGCCGUGAGUUAACUGUAUCAUAAAGGGUGCUGUGACUCGAAGGAGGAGGGGGGGUUGAAUUGCCAUAAUUCUCCCGAUAGGUUACACAUCCGGAGUCCCGACGAUCUUAAUUUGUCGCUCCUUUUCCCUUCAAAGAGAGUGACUUUUAUUGUUUUUAUUAAUUUAUUCCAUUUCUCUUAGUUUAUGGUUUGCACACUGGGAGGGCAGAAAUGGCGGCCAACAUGUACCGGGUCGGAGACUAUGUAUUCUUUGAGAACUCCUCCAGUAACCCUUACCUGAUCCGUCGGAUAGAAGAACUCAAUAAGACUGCCAGUGGGAACGUGGAGGCCAAGGUAGUUUGUUUCUACAGAAGGAGAGACAUCUCCCACAGCCUCAUCCAGCUCGCAGAUAAACAUGCAAAGGAGCUCGAGGAGGAGAAGGAGAACCCAACAGAGACAGAGCUAACAGAAAAACAGAAACACCAGCUCCGCCACAGAGAGCUCUUCCUCUCCCGGCAGUAUGAGAGUCUACCUGCGACACACAUCAGGGGGAAGUGCAGUGUCGCAUUAUUGAAUGAGACUGAAGCCGUUCUUUCAUACCUUGACAAAGAGGAUACCUUCUUCUAUUCGCUGGUUUAUGACCCAACACAGAAAACCCUGUUGGCUGACAAAGGAGAGAUCAGAGUGGGACCGCGUUUUCAGGCAGAUGUACCUGAAAUGCUACAAGAAGGUGAGGCAGAUGAGAGAGAUCAGGCCAAACUAGAAGAGAAACUGUGGGAUCCAGAGUGCCCACUCACCAACAAACAGAUAGACCAAUUCUUAGUGGUGGCACGGGCGGUCGGGACCUUUGCCCGAGCGCUGGACUGCAGCAGCUCUGUUAGACAGCCAAGCUUACACAUGAGUGCAGCUGCAGCCUCACGAGAUAUCACACUGUUCCAUGCGAUGGACACACUGCACCGCCAUAAUUACGAUUUGUCCAGUGCGCUGAGCGUACUGGUCCCAGCGGGGGGCCCGGUGCUUUGCAGGGAUGAGAUGGAGGAGUGGAGCGCCUCGGAAGCUGCCAUGUUUGAAGAGGCAUUAGAGAAAUAUGGAAAAGACUUCAAUGACAUCCGACAAGACUUUCUGCCGUGGAAGUCUCUGACCAGUAUCAUAGAGUAUUACUACAUGUGGAAGACUACAGACAGAUAUGUGCAACAGAAGAGACUGAAGGCAGCAGAGGCAGAAAGCAAGCUGAAGCAGGUUUAUAUCCCCACAUAUAACAAACCCAACCCCAACCAGAUCUCGAUGACCAAUGGCAAGAUGGCGACGGUGAACGGAGCGGGCCCCGGGGCCUACCACACAGCAGGGGGGGGCAGAGCCUGCGAAAGCUGCUACACCAUGCAGUCAGCCCAGUGGUAUUCAUGGGGGCCUCCAAACAUGCAGUGCCGUCUGUGCGUCUCCUGCUGGAUGUACUGGAAGAAGUACGGUGGUCUGAAGAUGCCAAGCAGAGCUGAGGGUCCAGAGGAGAGGACCUCACCCACUCCAGCAAGCAAUGAGUCUCGCUCAAGGAGUCACGCUCCCCGCCAGUCCAACCACAUGGUGCCGAUGCGAAACAGCAACAGCCCCAAAUCCUCCAUGAAGACCAAGCAGGCUUUCCUGCUGCAGGCCACCCGCCUCACCAAGCUGGCCCGGCACAUGUGCCGUGACAUCAUCAGGCUGCGCCGUGCUGCGCGCCGGCCCUUUGUCCCCAUUAACUGUGGGGCCAUAAAGGCAGAGUACAUGUUAAGGGUGUCGGAAGGGCAGGGGACUCGCCUACCUAAAACCAGAGCCGCCCAAAGGAGCACUCUGACCAGUGUCCUGCAGUUUCUAGAGUCCCGUCCAGCAACCCACGCCCCUCGCUCCCACCGCACCCCGGGCCUUCAGACGCCUCCCCCUAGACGCCUCCUCUCCUCUCUACCACACGGGCCUCAUGGCAUGCUGGGAAAACGCAGCUAUCAUCACCACAGCAGGGCUGACCCAGACAGGCGCACAGAGAACCCAGGUACAACAGGUGGACCUCUCAUGCAUAACGGCCGCAACAGCAGCAGUGGAAAUACCAGGGGAGGAGUGAUGAUUCGCAAGAGGCGCCCUAAUUGGAUUGACGCUCCCGAUGACAGCUUCUUCCUUGUCACACGGGAGACCAGGCGGGCUCGACGGAUGUUGUCUCGCUCCCAGCUGAGGCACGCUUGCCGGCAACCUUGUGAGCAAAUCACCCUGCGCAGGGUCUCCCAGGGUCCACCGCAGGGGCUUGUCCUCGCCCCUCCACACCCUCACCCCAGCCUGAGAAUGCGAGGCCCCAUUGUUAUCCACGAUUGAUCGGAUAUGGACUCUCCGACCUCCACUCCACCUGCACUUCUGCGUACACACUAAUGAAUUCUCACCACCUGUUCUGCCAUUAAAUCCUCAACCCCCCCCUUUACUUUUAGUCCUAAAAAUACCAUUGUAUCCCCUGACAACACUUAAACAACCUGUCUAACUGUUUGGCAACAGAAGGAUGCGAUGAGCUGCGAUGCAAUAGAAACAUAAGCCUGACCUGACUGCAAGUGCUGCCUGUCUUUACUCCCCUGGGGAUUACAUUUGUAUAUGUAUAUACUGUAUCUGGGUGCACGUAGAGAGCGUGCUUAUAUAUAUGUGACCCUAUCAACCAACACAUGAGGGAGUGGUCCGAGCGGAUGUUGAUGUCCGCUGUUUUUAGUUUUUACAGGAUGGACGUAACCACAGGACUUUGUGUGACCUUUGUGUUGAUGGUGAAUUUUCGUGAAGUUUUAUCAGUUUGUAUAAAGUUAUUUUGG